CGGCAGCGUUCCGCGGACUCGCAGCUCACGGCAUCCAUUUGUCAACUCCCGUGGAUGCUCUAUUAGAAAUCAUCCUUGGACAACAUUAUUGUUAUUAUUCUCGAGUUGUCGCCUCGCACUUUCAACCGAACCUUGUGAAUAAGUCGCUUUUCUUAGUCACCUCUCUCUCUCCAUCCUGUUAUAACUCUUGACUGAACAUAUGCUCAGUCGUUUGACACACGCUUCCAGAAUACCAAACCCUCCUUCUCAGUCUACACUCCGAACUAUGGCAACCAGCAUCUCAAAGUCUGUCCAUGCUGGACCCGAUGAUAGCUGGCAUGGCAUUAUUGACAAGUCGUCCGGCAACCCGUUCCAGCCAGAGAAAGGCCGCUAUCACAUGUAUAUUGGUCUAUUCUGUCCAUUUGCUCACAGAGCCAAUUUGGUGCGUCAUUUGAAGGGUCUUGAGGACAUCAUCGAUAUCAGUAUCGUCAAGCCUUACCCUAAAGGCGAUGACAAGGGUUGGCCAGGCUGGCAGUUUCCCGAGUCGGAUGUUGCAUAUCCAAAUGCAACUGUGGACAAGCUCUUUGGCUCCAAGUAUCUGCAUGAGGUAUACUUCAAGGCGGACCAGGAGUAUAAGGGUCGCUACACUGUGCCUCUGCUGUGGGACAAGAAGACUAAUACUGCAGUCAAUAACGAAUCAGCUGAACAGUUGCGCUGGCUCCAGACCUCAUUCGACGAUCUGGUCUCGCCCGAGAAGGCAAAGCUAACUCUUUAUCCGGAGCACUUACGGCAAAGAAUUGACAAGAUAGCUGAAUGGAUGCAAACCGAUCUCAACACUGGUGUAUACAAGGCCGGCUUCGCUCUUGAUCAAGAGACAUACGAAAAGAACAUUCCUCCAGUAUUUGGUGCACUGAACAAGUUGGAAAAGCUACUUCACGAUGGCAAGGGUCCCUACGUUCUCGGCAAAGAGCUGACUGAGCUGGACGUUCGACUUUACGCCACUUUGAUCCGCUUCGACACUGUAUAUGUGCAACACUUCAAAUGUAAUCUUGGCACCAUACGCCACGACUACCCGGUCUUGAACAACUGGCUCAAGGGCAUGUACUGGAACCAUGAAGAGUUCAGAAACACCACAGAUUUCAAGCACAUCAAGGAGAACUAUACGAAAAGUCACUACGACAUAAAUCCUAAGGCCAUUACGCCGUUGGGUCCUUGGCCUCAUGUUGAGAAAGAGUACGAAGAGGACUGGAGUAAGUUGUCGCCAGGUAGCAUUGACAUGCCGGAGGUCUUGGAGCACGAGAAGCAGCUGGAAGUAUGAAGUCGUCUUUCAGCUUGCUGUCUCGAAUACUGGCAGGUAGAGACUGUAUUUGUUUCAAUGCGACUGGCAGAUAAUAUGCUUUGAAGUUCUGAGAUUGCCGUGCGAUUCGUAUCUAAUCAUUCGGAAUCAAUGAUUGAUUGCUGUUGUCGAG